AAUCCGGUGCAGGUGCUUGUGCAUGCAGUGAUAAACAGCGGGCCUCGAGAAGAUUCAACACGUAUCGGUCGUGCGGGCACCGUCAGGCGACAAGCUGUGGACGUAUCGCCUCUUCGACGCUUAUUGCGCCGUUGCGAUGAUUCAGGCCAAUUCCAGGCAAUUUGGUUGUUAUGCACGGGGGCGCGUGAGGCGGCAUUCCGCAAUAUCAAAACGAUAGCCGAGUGCCUGGCGGACGAGCUGAUCAAUGCGGCGAAGGGCUCGUCGAAUUCAUAUGCGAUCAAGAAGAAGGACGAGUUGGAGCGUGUGGCCAAAUCGAAUCGUUGA